ACACUGACUUAUUUUUCAAUCGGAGCCUCAAGCAGCAGAACUGGGUUACUUUCUAAUCGCUCGAGUCUGAGAUUUUAGGUACGGUGAUAUGCAAAGAUGUCUACUAGAGGUGGAGGACGAGGAGGUCGUGGAAUGACAGGUCAUGGAAUCACUCCUCAUGGUGUGACUACAAGAUCAGUGCUUACUCCUGCUAUGCCAUUUACGCCAAAUAAUGGUGUGACUACAAGAUCAAUGAUUACUCCAACUGUGCAAUCUACGCCAAAUAAUGAUCCAGAGCAAAACUCAUCUGCCGCUCUGCACAUAUCUGAGUCUGAGCAACCAAAUGAAUCCUUGACACCUGAAGAUGUAACUGUAACUAAGCAAGUACGUGGGAGAACUAAAGGUUUAGCGCUAGCUAAAAUUCGAAGGCGUGGAGAGAAGGUUAAGUUGGGAUUUUCUAGAAUGCUGGGACAACCAACGAGUGACAACGAGGAUGACUUGACUAGGUACACCACAGAGUUAGGUAUUAUUGUUCGGCAAUUUGCUCCUUUACAGGCAAAAAGCUGGAAGGUGGUGCCCCAAGAUGCAAAGGAAAUGUGUAUUGCACACAUUCGUGAAAAAUUUGAUCUUCCUGAAGCAACUUAUGUAGACAAAGCUAUACUGCAAAGUAUGGGUAAGCGAUACUGUGAUUGCUGAUCCCGCCUCAAGAAGAAGUUUGAGAAAGGAGCUGUCGAUUGCCC